AUUCGAAUGUCAAUCUAUUGUCAAACUUGUAUUUUUGUUUUGUUGCUCAUUCGUUUUCUCGGUUUCUAUCAUCAUUUUGUUUAGCUGUGGUCCAUGGACCAUGGAUCUCAUUCAGAUCUCAUUCUUGUAUUUAAAAAUGAGGCUGUAUUUUGUAUCCUGAUUUUGUUGUACACUAUGGAUGCUUUAUCAAUAUUCUUGAGGCUUCAAUACUAAUAUUAAAAUAUCAAUAAUGAAUAAGUUCAAAAAGGAAAAUGAUUCUUUUGAUUCUCCAUACCGACACUGCCUAAGUGAAAUAAAAUGUGUCGAAACGAAUAAUGAGGAUGAUAGUUUUGCAACUCCAACAAUUACAAGAAGCAAAGUUCAGAAACAACCAGCCAAAAGACAGAUCAAGAAAAACACGAAAUGCAAGUCACAGAGGAUUGAUGCAAUAUUCAAGAAGGCUAAAGAUAAGCUUUCUCACUUGGAUGUCAAUCCUGAUCAUCUUCAAAUGGCUAUAGCUUUAUCAAAAUCUACUUUCAAUCAAGAAAACCCAGUGAAAAGCAAACGAUUAAAUGUGGAAGAAAGAACUUUUGACCCCAAAUUGGGAAGUAUAUUGGAAAGAUAUGGAUUCAGAUCAAGCAGAAGCGUUCCUAGCAGAACAACAUUUAAUCAAGAAGAGGCAUUUCAACAAAGAAAGAGGUCCAGAUUUUUAUAUGCACUAUUUUCUACUGCACAAGAAGAUAAAAAUGCCCUCAUUGAUGAAAAAAUAUCUACAGUCAUAUCACAACCCAUCAUAAACUUUGAAAAUGGGGUAGCAGAGAAAAACAUUUUUAGUAAUAUAUUGAAGAAUUGUCAUGUGAUACACAGUAAAUUAUUGAAAAUUCAUUCAUAUAACAGCAAUGAGGAUGCUUCAAAUUAUUAUACAAGAAGUUUGAAUUUAGAAAGGACUCUUUCAAGUUGUGGUAGUUUGUUGAAGAAUUGGGAAAGUAUACCUGGGAGGGAAUCUCCAAAUCCUGAAGAGCAACCUCAAGAAGACUAUUUACAUCAAAGUUGUAGGGAGAGCGAAUUUGAAUUGAAAGACACAAAAUCAGAUGAAUUCAGUUCCUGCUCCAUUAAUAUAAUAAAUCAUUUAGAGCAAACUCCUUCAACUGAUUCACUUAAGGAAAUUGAAAAAUGGUUGGACAUAGAUUCAGUGCAAGUUGAUACUUCUCAUGGUGAUUCUUGUAGUAGUAAUGGUACAAAUAGUAGUGACACACUUGCUAAAAGAAUCAAACUCGGUUGCAUUAAGCCAGAUAAAGUUAAUAUUCAUGAUGCAAAAUCCGGUCAGUCUGAGAAAACAAGUCAGUAUUUUAAUACAACCUCUAAACUUAGUGAGACUGAGAUUGGAGAAGGUUCUGCACCAUCUCGUAGUUACUGUGUCUCUCCUGACUUAUUCUCAUCAGAAGAUGAAGAGAGUGUUAAAAUUACAGAAAAAUGUAUGAAAUUGCAAGGCAAUGCUCAGGCAAGUAGUAACCAAAAAGGUAUAGAGUGUUAUGAGAGUUUUUCUGCUGAUAGUUCUGCAUUGAGUCAGGAAAUGUACACAUCUGUAAAUUCAAAAGCAUGUGAUAAUCCUAAUAACAGAACAAGAUAUGGUAAAGUUAAAGAUGACCAGGACAAGGUAAUCCUAAUUUUAGAUAGUGACGAUGACUCAAACGUGAUUGCUGAAAAUAAAACAGACAAAAAAGCAGAAGAGAAAGCUAGUAUGCAUACAACAGACUUACUCAGUUGUUUGACAGAGAGUUUUGAACAAAAAGUACCUCAGCUUUAUGGUCCACAGUAUGAAAUUGAGGAUAAAAGCAUUACUGAACAGAUCUUAUCAUUUGAUAAAAAAUCAUUUUGCAUAAAUGGUAAUGAAAAGUGUGGUGAGCAUAAACUUUUUGUCAGUAUGGAUUCUCACUUGAAUGAACAAACAGAAAAUCCAGCAAUAUCAACUGAAAAUCUGGAAAGGGAAGAUCAGAUCCUUGAAGGAAAGAAUCAAGGUAGUAUGUCACCACUGAAUUGCCUAUCAACUAAUUUGACUGUAAAUAUGGAUUUUGAUGAACCUAGAUGCAGCUCUGCCUCAAAGUUGUACUCUCCAUCUUUCAAUAGUAACUCCAAGUUAAAUGUUACAGAGUAUAUAGAAAAUAUGUUGGGAGAAGACUAUGUAACUGAUGAUGUAAAUGAGGAGCAACAUAACAAUGAAAUAUCACUAAGUCAGAGUUCUAGUGGCAGUAUUGUUAUCAGUGAUGAAGAGUUGAACUGCACUAAACUGCAACAAAAAACAAAUUCGCAUUCUGAUGAUGAGUUGGAAGAUGAGAAAGCAAGCUACGAUGAAAAUAUAGAAGAGAAGGACGCGAUGGGGGUAAAUGAAAAAAAACGGAUGUCAGAACAUCAGAAAAAAUCAGGCAACUUCAGUGAUUCAUUCGACGAACUUCUCCAAAAUAGUGAAGUAUUAACUGACAUAGAUAAUCUGGUGUGUGAACCAGAAUUGAGCAAGCCAUGUCACAGAAAAAGUAAAUCUGUAGAAAAUAAAGAUAUGACAAAUCUGGACAUUGUUCCUAUUACUCCAAAGAAUAAAAACAAAUUGAUUAUCAAAACUAGAAACGUAACUCCAAUGCCUGAUUAUGAAAAGAUGAGCAGUGCUGAGAUUGUGGAUGAACUGAAGAAGUUCAGAGUGAAACCACUGAAGAGACAAAGAGGCAUAACUAUGUUGAAGUAUAUCUAUGAAUGUACCCAUCCGUUGGUGCCAACAACUGAAAGGUAUAGAGACGAAGUUGAGGAAAAUCGCGUUUUUAAAAAACGGAGGAAAGAUGAUAAUGUUGAAGAAGUAUCUAUAGAAGAUUCUGAGACAAGGCUAAUGUCGAAAGAUAUAGUAUGCAAAAAUGAUAUAAUUGAAAGCGAGAAUCCUGAGGAUUUAAUUUUCGAGAGAAAAAUCCCUGCGAAGCUCGCUUAUUGCAGAAUCCCUCUUCAAAUAGUUUGGUAUAAUUUUGUGCAAAGUAAUUCUGAAUUGAAGAAAAACAUACUGUUGUAUGAACCAAUUCAUUUAAAUUCUGUUUAUGCCAUGCUCAAAGAACAGUCUGGCUGCAAAUUCCAUAUGGAGAAUUCCAAAACCUUUGGUUUAAAACCAGAGUUUGCAAUGCAUUGUAAGCACAUCAACCUCAGAACUUUAACUAAAGGUUUACUUUGGGCGAUCAUUUGCUCUAUGUAAGGACUUGGUUUGUCUACCUCAAUACAGUUCAAGAAUUCUUGCUCUGCCUUCAAAGAAAAAAGAAUCAGUCAGAUAUGAUCAACUGUAUAUCAAAAAAUAUAUAUCUUCACCUGUACAAUAGCCAUAGGAAUGUGUAGAGAGAUGUGCGGGAGAAAUUGGGAGUUAUAUUCAAGAAUGAGCAUGCGGUUAUACAGAAGGGUGGUGAGACCCAUGAUAACCUAUGGAUCAAGUGACAUAGGAGCAGUAAGGCUAUUAAGUGGCGUUCAGAGGCUAGCUUGCUCAGCCAUGCAUACGACCUACCACCAUUUCACAUAUUUAUUCAGAGUAAUGCUCUUUCCGUGGUUUACAGACUAACCCAAUGCCAAUCACCGAUCAGUCAGCUGCACGGACAAUACCAUCAAAAACAUUACAGUUGAAGGAAAUGCCCAUGGACACAAUUGUCCAAAUGUACAAUUUCGAUAAAUACUAUCAAACAGCAGGGAUUUAUGUGACAAAGUCAAAAUGAGAUCUCUGUAAUUCUAGGUAAUAGACCAACAAUAUUUCAGGCUGAAGCAGCGGCCUUACAAGUCUGUGCAAAAGAGCUAAUAAGGAAUUAGUCUGCAAAUCAGUCGAUCGCCAUCUGCUCAGGCAGCCAUAAAGGCAUUAAGUUCAUCGCAAAUACCAUCUAACCAGCAGGGUGAACGCUCUCAUAGAGCUGGGAAAC